AUAAUUUCCGGAACAUACAAUAAUUUACAGCUGACUUUAACAUUUGAAAGAUAAAACUUUGCACGUAAAGACCUUUUUAAUGGCGUACAUAUGAACAUCUUGAAUAUAACGUACAGAAAAUAUUCUGUGAAAUAGAAUACAAGAAGAAAAAAACAGUAUGAAAGUUGACACAAAAUAACGGAAGGACAUACAUUACAGAGGAUAUUUGUGUAAACAACCGACCGUCUCAAGGUACUUUGCAGAAUACUCAUUUUAAGAGAAAUAACAAGGUCGAUUACAUAACAGAAGACAUGGCGGACAACGAAAAUGAAGUCAAUAUUGCUGAAACGCAGAAAACAGACGACGACAAAACAGAAGCGGGUACAGAUGGAAUGUUAGACACUGAUAAAGAUGGAGAAGAAACAGCUAAAGAAUCUAAAUAUGACUCAGAUGAAUUUGAAACCGAAUCUGAAUCGAGUGUUCCAAAAACAGACGAAGAAAAAUACGCUGAGAAAAGCAAAGCAGACUCUCCUGAUAACGAAGAUGUAGAAGUAAAGACGGAUGACGAAAAACUUGCAAAUGAUUCAAAAGAAGAACAACAAACAGAGUCUGAAGCCGUGGGCACAAAAGAAGAGAAUGGUGAAUCAGUGCCUGUAAAUACAGAAACAGAAACAAAUACAGAAAUGUCAGAGACAGUUGAAACAAAAACAGACGAACGAUCGGAGGACACUCAGCCAGUCAGUCAGCAGGAUGAACAGAAACAAGAACAGGAUGGCGUCACAGCACAGGGUGAUGCUAAUGCUGAUGCUGAACCAUCAAAUCAGGAAACUGAAACUGAACAAGAAAAAGCUACUUCAGAAAAAGAGCCGGAAAACGAGGUUGAGGAAACCCCAACUAACGAGGAUAAAGCUGAAAGCGGACACGCUGAUGUUGUCAAGGAAGAUCACGAAGAAGUUCCGGUUGCUGCAGGAUCACCGAUUGAAAAAGAAAAGUUAGAUUCUAAAAUCAGGGAGAAUGAGGAGUUAUCACAGCAGUUAGAAUCGUCGCUUAGCAACCAGGAAGCGGACAAAGCUGCAUACAAGAAACUCACAGAAGAAAAUGCAAGGCUUCAAAAGCAUUACGAUGAUAUGAAAGAGAAAUUUGAUGAUAUGGAAGGGGGUCACGUGGUUCUUGUGGCGGAAGUGGAAACACUACGUAAGGUAAACCAAGAGCAGAGAGAGGCGAUCGUGAAACUCGAAUCAGAUAUAAAGUUGUUGAAGGAGACACAGGGAGGUGAUGAAAACGUUAAAGACAUGCAAGAAAAAUUGAUUAGAAUGUCAAAUGAACAAGAAGAGAAAGAUAGGCGUAUCCAUAGUUUAGAAGGUGAAUUAGACGCUACACGAGAAAAACUGAAGGAUGCUGAAUCUCGUGCUGCGAGAGGAGGAAACAAUACUGCUCAGAAUUCUAAAACUUGCAUAGUGAUGUAGGCAGUUUGAAACAGAAUUUCAAAAUGAUCCGAACUAAACAUUUAGCAGAUAUUUCUUCACCAAUCUGCGCUAAUUAUCAGUGUUUUUUUUUUUGCAUUUAGACCGUCUGUCAACAUCUUUUUAUAUUUCUAGUCUUUUGUUAUAUGCAUACUUUGUAGAUGAAUAUUUGGUUCUUAUUCAAAAUGCUCCGUCCAAUAUUUCCUUUACUGUUUAUAUGUAGAAAUAGUAUUAUGUUUAUUUAUCUGUUUAUUUAUUUUACUUCUUAAAGAGCUUUAAACCGUUUCCUUAUACUGUAUUCAUACCAGUUCAGGCUACUAGAAUCUGUGAUACACUCCGGAAAUAUUCCAUAAAUAAAUUAUAUUCUAUCUUA